AUGUUAUUUAGUAUCUGGGACACGUGUCCUGGCACCAAACCCUCCCUACUGGGUGCAGAUGAUUGCUUUGCUGGCGCUCUCACUUCUGGCCACUGGGAAGACUGCGGGCCAUACCUCGAGAAGUAUGAUUGCGCCGGUGAUCUGGGCUAUGGUCGGGCCGACGCCGGUGGGAUCAGCAAAUUCUACCACCCUAGCAGCAUGCUGAGCAAUGGCACGAAAACCACGUUUAAUGUGGGCGGCGUCGUCUCCACCCCGGUCAGUGGUGAUACUUUUACAUGGACCUUUGGGUCAUCGGUGAUACACGCUGUCACUGUCUCUUCGGAAGAUGCUACUGCAACGAGUACUGUGACUGGUACGGCAGAGAGUGACGUAAAGCCUGGGAAGGGGUCUUCUUUGAUUGUUCCCUCCUGGGCCAUCAUUGGCAUUGCUGGUAUUUUGAUACUAUCCACUUUGUGA